UAUAGUUAGAUACCAUAACCUUUUAGUUUGACAGCAAUGCGUAUGAGCAAGUGGCUGCCAUGGGCCCGCGCGCGGCAGCUGACGGCGCCGGUGCGCGUGCGCGGUGGACUCGUGCGCGGCACCGUGGCCAAGGAUGGCUCGCAUCUGCGCUUCCUCGGCAUACCCUAUGCAACUGUCACGCCGGAGAACAGGUUUCAGGCUCCGGGGCCCGAACCAACCUGGGACGGCGUGUAUGACGCUCUUGACGGCAAAGUCAUCUGCCCACAGUGUCCCGUUCUCCCUGCUGGGGGUCUACCGGGGCGACCCACAGGACAAGAAGACUGCCUGAAUAUAAAUGUAUUCACUCCUGUACCUCCUGCAGAGAAGCUACCUGUCAUGGUCUUUAUACACGGAGGAGGUUUCAUCGAAGGAUCGGGAGUGCCACUAGUAUAUGGCCCAAAUUAUUUAGUUCCAAAAGGAGUGAUUUUAGUAACUUUUAACUACAGAUUAAACGUGCCAGGCUACCUGAAUCUAGGGAUAAAAGAGGCGCCAGGGAAUGCUGGGAUGAAAGACCAAGUCGCAGCUUUAAGAUGGGUUCAGGAAAAUAUCAGUUCUUUUGGCGGGGACCAAGAUAAUGUUACGAUUUUUGGUGAAAGCGCUGGCGGCGCGUCAGUAUCUUACCACUUACUAGCUCCAAUGUCAAUAGGACUCUUCCAUAAAGCCAUAACACAAAGUGGAUCAUCCUUAAACCCUUGGGCGUUUCAAAGCAACCCAGAAUAUAAUGCUCAUUUAGUUGCAAAAUCUUUUGGAUUUGAUACUAAAGACCCUUAUGAAUUAUUUGAUUUUUUCAAUAAGAAACCUAUAAAAGAACUACUUAUGGCUAAACUUCCUAAAGAUGAACGAACGCUGUUGUUUUCCAAUCUGGUUUACGCACCUAGUGUAGAAAGGCAGUUUGAAAAUGUUGAACCGUUUUUAACAGAAGAACCUUAUCAGUUAUUGUCAAAUGGAGAAUACACUAAAGUCCCUAUGAUUAUCGGAACUACGGAUGAAGAAGGAUACUUCUUUAUCGGCGCAGAGAAACAUUUCUCAUCAAAAAUCACCGGGAAAAUCGAGCAUUCAUUACCAAAUAACCUCAAAUUUCCAACAGAAGCAGAAGAGCAGCGAAUUGCAAAAGAAAUAAGAGAAAUGUAUAUGGGUGAUGAAGCUAUAUCAAAUAAGAAAUCAUCUACACUGAAGCUUUCAAAGUUUUACGGAGAUCCAUUUAUGACAUAUCCGUCAUUAGCUGAGACAGAGCUAAUACUGAAGUCAACCGACAGACCGAUAUACAACUACUGCUUCAAAUACAGCGGUUGGAGGAACAUGGGCAAGGUGUUUGGAGGCCUACACUUCCUCUCUCAGCCUGGAGCGACGCACGCAGAUGACCUAUUUUACUUGUUCCAUCAGCCCUACCUGACCUGGUUAGCGAAGCUAGAUAAAAGGAUGAUAGAUAAAAUGACGACUUUGUGGACUAAUUUUGCGAAACAUGGAGAUCCUACUCCUUCGACUUCAGAGCUGGCGCCGCAGCGAUGGCUCCCCACGGACCCUGCAGACCCUCGGAGCUUCGUCCUGGAUCGGGAACACGCCACUGUUCCCUUGUGGUUCAAGGACUCACUGAAAUAUUGGAGAGAUCUGUACACUAAGUAUAGACGGUUAUAAAUGUUUAAGUACAAACGUGAAGUCUUAAUUACGUACGACAUAAAAUAAAAUGGAAAUAAAAUGUACUAGAGUCGGACGAAAAAAAGUCAGCGGCGGAUUUGGUAGCCCACGCAGUGCAAGUGUCAUUUUUUAUACGUCAUAAUUUCAUAGAAGUUUGACGUUUAACUGCGUGGGCUAUCAAAUCCGCUUUCACUGCGUGGGCUAUCAAAUCCGCUGCAGACUAUUCUUGGUCGAACUCUAAUAAGUUGUUGUCAUUUUUAAGCAUUUUACGUCAACUGUGUGACAGUUACGUAGAAAGUGACGCCCUCAUUUAAUUUCUACUAUUUUAUGUCGCACUGUACGUAGGUAUUUUAUUAAUGAGAUUGAUUGAGCAAAGCACUUACCCUGAAAGCAAGCUAAAUUAUUUUCUGAAUGUACCUAAUAAAGAGCUCUGUUCACAAUGACAAUUGAUUUAAUAAACUCCGAGACUUUUUA